GCGCUUCAGGAGGGCGAGGUAUUGUCAAACUAUAAAAUACCUCAACGCCCCCCAACCAAUCGCCAAGGCAAACAGUUGAAUCACAAUACCCAUCGGCAAAUCCAGUUGCAAGUCCAAUCCCAAUGGACAGAGACAAAACGAGAGAGCCCGAUCCAGUUUCCCAUUAGAAUCCCUAGCCAUACAAUACCAAAAUAAGGAGUGAUAGAGUGAGAGAGAAUAAAGUUGUGAAGAAUAAUCACGGAUUGGAAGUUGGAAUACCCUAGCCAAAGGAGAGAGCCUCGACAGGCCCCAGUCGAGGAGUGUGUGACGUAAAGCACCGAUCCAAACAAGUAUCAGCUGUGUGGCAGUCAUUGUUCGUUUGGGAUAUAUUUUUUUCUAGUGCCUCCUGGCUGGCACUAGCACAAGAAUAAUAACUCACUCAACUUUCCAUUAUUUUUACUCUAUAAUCCCCCCCCUCCUCCACUGAGACUCGAUAAAUCAUCGAGAUAAAGGAAAAUAAAUCACUUCAUUAUAGUUUUUUCCUUUUUUCUUUUGUUAAAUUAAUUUCAUAAAGAGUAACGGUGCAGUGUUCAAGGAUAAAGAGGAGAAAAAAUAAAAGAUAAAAAACCAAGUGAAAAUUUUUGUGACGUGAGGGGGAGUGGACUCUGGUGGACGAGUGACGCCGAAAUAGCGUAAGAAAAUCGGAAAAUUAUUGGAAAAUGGUGGAAAUAGUGUGAGCGUGGGACUUGAACAUAAGUGGACAUUUUAUUUUUUUUUGUUUCUUUUUGGCUUUCAUAGUGGAGGAGAAAUAGGCAAGUGAGUGAGUGACUGUGGUAGUGCGGAUGAUCGUGGAAUUAGGUGAUCGGUGGAUUUAGGAAGGUUUAAAGCACCUCCUAGGUAAAUAAUAAUCGUGUGAAAAACGGGGCGAUACGCGCACAAGCCUGGCCUCGAGCGGCGAGUCGGACGACGGUGGGCUCGCUCCGCCACCGCGCAAAAGGUCCCGUAGUUCAUUCUCGACUACCCCAAGACCAGCGGACGAGUACCACAACAACCCAAACAUGGACAAUUAUCGUAUGAUGCAGCAAGCCACAAAUGGGGCGCCAGUAACAGGACCACAACAGAAUGGUUCAACACCAGACACUGGUGGUUCCCAUGCCAAUGGCAAUACAUCACCAAGAUGCGACGGUGAUAUCAAUGGUGUUAAUGGCGAGAGCCAAGCACUGGGACCACCAAAGAUUAUGGAUAAGACUAAUCAGGACAUUGUGCGUCUCAUUGGGCAACAUUUGAAGGCAGUUGGACUUGAUCGGACAGCUGAUUUACUCAUGCAGGAAUCUGGCUGUCGUCUGGAUCAUCCGUCAGCUGCUAAAUUCCGUCAGCACGUUAUGGACGGAGACUGGAAUAAGGCGGAUCACGAUCUCAAUGAGCUCAAACCAUUUUUGAAUAAUCAAAAUCAGAGUCUCGUUGAGAUGAAAUUUCUGCUAUUGGAGCAGAAGUAUCUCGAGUUUCUCGAGGAGGGUCUCGUGUUGGAUGCACUUCAGGUAUUGAGGAAUGAGCUGACACCACUGGGACACAACACGGGUCGAGUUCAUCAGUUAUCGGCAUUUAUGAUGUGCAGUGGGAGAGAUGAACUACAAACACGUGCAGGAUGGGACGGAAAGGGUUCAGCCUCUCGUGCUGCCCUGAUGGAUAGACUCCAGAGGUACCUUCCACCCUCCAUAAUGCUACCACCACGACGCCUUCAAUCCCUGCUGAGCCAGGCCAUCGAAAUGCAAAAUCAACAAUGCACCUAUCAUAUUUCGCCAAAUCAGGCGACAUUAGAGAGUGUCUCACUGCUGGUAGAUCACACCUGUGGCAAAGAGCACUUUCCCUGUCAUACCACUCAAGUGCUCAAUGAUCACUGCGACGAGGUUUGGUAUUGUAAAUUUUCACCCGAUGGCCUCAAACUAGCCACUGGCUCCAAGGACAUGACCAUCAUCAUCUGGGACGUUGAUCCUGACACGUUGAGGGUCACUCAUAGAAAAACCCUCGAGGGUCACACCUUUGGUGUGGCUUUCAUCACUUGGAGCCCUGAUAGCACUCAUCUCAUUGCCUGUGGCCCUGAGGAUUGCCCUGAAUUGUGGGUCUACAGUAUCAAUACUCGUGAUUGCGAACUCAGGAUUAAAUUCACACAGAGCACUGAGGACUCACUCACUGCCUGCGCCUGGCACAGAGAUGCCAAAAAAUUCGUCACUGGGGGAAUUCGUGGACAGUUUUAUCAAUGCGAUUUGGAUGGGAAUAUUGUUGACUCUUGGGAAGGAGUUAGAGUGAAGAGCCUGUGGUGCAGAAGUGAUGGUAAAACAGUACUGGCAGCUGAUACUCAUCAUCGUAUUCGCAGCUACAGCUUUGAAGAAUUGGCAGAUUUCACAAUGCUGCAAGAGGAUCACGCUGUUAUAUCCUUCAGUGUAAACAAAACAGAUCGGCUGGUGCUUCUCAACAUAGCAAACCAAGGGGUCCACAUGUGGGACUUGCAAGACAGAUGCCUCGUGAGACGCUUCCAGGGAGUGACUCAAGGGCAUUUUACCAUCCACAGUUGCUUUGGGGGAGUCAAUCAGGACUUCAUUGCUUCGGGAAGUGAGGACAAUAAAGUUUACGUAUGGCACAUUAAACGAGAACUGCCAAUAGCUGUAUUAACCGGACACAGUAGAACUGUCAACUGUGUGUCAUGGAAUCCUGUGUAUCAUCAGAUGAUGGCUUCAGUUUCUGAUGACUGCACCGUUAGGAUAUGGGGUCCAAGGGCCUCCUCUCCUGACAGAGUCGAUACUAAGACUGCAUCACCAGAAAGCAACUCAUCAAAUGGCUCUGGCUGGCACGAGAUGGUGUCGUAGCAAAUUACAAUUUAGCCAUAACUCCCAUGACCCCAUGGUGUUCAAAAGACUGUCCGUACGACCGUCAUGUUGAGUCUCAUCACUCCUGUGCCCACUAACAAACCUACAAACGAUUAAUAAUCGAUAAACGAAGUAACUCCACGGGAUUAAUUAACAACUGGAAAGUUUCAUGGAAUCAAGAGGCCCUGCUGUCAAAAUUGCCGUGGAUUAUUCACUUGCAGAUCACGUGCAGACCAUUGAUCAACAGUUCACAACGUCCGGAUGUUGGUAAUUAAAUAUUUUUCUUUAAUUUUACCUAAAAAUUGCUUAGGUACGGCAUUCGCUGGACGAUUAACUCUGCGGGUUGUUCUUACUUUUUAUUAUUAUUAUCAACGGUACAACUUGCCUCUCAAGUGCUGAGGAAAAUAAUCACAAAAUUCAAUUGUAUCGUGGAUUAUUAUUUUUGUGAGAGAGAUAUAAACAUAAAUAGAGGUAAAUCCGUUCCAAGGCGUAAUGAUGAUACUGAACUUAUCGAGUUUAACGUCUUACGAUAAAUCGAAUUCGAAGUGCAUAAUAACGAGUAAAUAACGAUUUAAAUAGUUAAAGAUUACGUAGGGUAGUGAUAAAGGAGAUGAUUGGAUAGAUUAACACGGGAUGAUUACUAAGAUUGGAAUUUAUGCUAAGUGUGAUUAAUCAGUUUCGUCGAUAUAAAAUAAGAUUUUUUAAAUUUUGUUGUUGAGUGGAAUGAAGAAAUUGCUAUUUUUUAGGGGCCUUCUUUGGAACAAAAAAAUGAAUUGAUUGAAUGUGGAGCACGAUGGGAGACCCAACGCAAAGUUCAGAUAAUUUUUUGUUAUUUUUUGAGAAAGGGAUUACAUUUUUUCAUUUGAUAAAUUUAUUUUUGGAAAUUGUAUCACUGUGGGGAACUUCGCCGAGGGCUUUAAUGAAAAUGUGAGAUUAUUCUUUUAUUCCACUCACCAACAAAAUGUCUGAGGUAAUGGAAAUUAAUUCGAGGAGAAGAAAUAGUACGGGAUAUUUCUUUUUUUUUUCAUUUUUGGAACACAUCUUGCGAUAUUCGAAAAAAAAAACGGAUAUUAGAAAUCGAAUCGUCUCGUUUCACUACUUCUCGAUAGGAUUGAUAAUCAUAUUGAUAUUUGAGGGGGAGAGCAUCUUCGAGUUUUUUUCGAUUGAAAUCUACUCACUUGGUUCGGGCCAAUUAAACAUCAAAAUUUUGGGAGAACCACAAAGAUAGUUGCAAUACGUGAAAUUGAAUUUUUCCUUUUUUUUUUUUUAAUACUUCUGAG